AUGGUGGCUAUGAAGAAAAAGCAUUCAAUCUCACAAGCUGCCAUGAUGCAAAUGAUGCGCAGUGGUCGACAGCCUGUGCAAACGACUGCAGAAGAUUUUAUUUUUGUUCGAACGCUUGGCGAAGGCUCCUUCUCAACGGUAUAUUUGGCGCGAGAGGUAUCCUCAGGUAAAGAGUAUGCAAUUAAGGUGCUCAAUAAAGAUCUCAUCCGUCGACAUGAUAAAGUGAAGAGUGUUAUGCGUGAGAAGAAUGUGAUGACUUCAAUAACGUAUCUUCAUGGAGGACAUCCGUUUUUUGUCUCCCUCUAUUGUACUUUCCAAGAUCCAACUCGACUUUAUUUUGCGAUGACUUAUGCGAGGAAUGGUGAUUUGUUGCAAUGUCUUCAACGAUUGGGCUCUUUCGAUGAUGAGGCAGGUAUUUUGCAUUCACAAAAUUCAAUCAUUAAAUUCUUUCAGGCGACGCUCUUUUAUUCGGCUGAAAUUGUGUGUGCAUUAGAGUUUCUUCAUCGUUGUGGUAUCAUACAUCGUGAUUUGAAACCCGAGAAUAUUCUUCUCAAUGAUAAUCGUCAUAUUUUAUUGUCUGACUUUGGAACAGCAAAAUUUUUGAAAGCUGAAGAUAAUAUUGGAUCGAUCGAUAAAGAUAUAUUACUGCCUCGUGUUGGUGAAGAGAGUCAUCACAGGAGUCGAUCGACGUUCGUUGGUACCGCGCAGUACGUUUCGCCAGAAGUUCUGGUCGAUGGCGACGUCGGUCCCUCGUGUGAUUACUGGGCGUUAGGUGCCAUAAUAUUUCAAAUGGUUUCUGGAAUGCCGCCUUUCCGUUCGAUGAACGACUACCAUACAUUCCAGAAAAUCCAAAAAUUGGACUAUUCCUUCCCAGAAGGUUUUCCGGAAUUGCCAAGAGAUCUCGUCCAAAAAUUUUUGAUUGUUGAUCCAACUCAAAGACUUGGCUCAAUCGAAAUGGGUGGUGUUGAAUCGGUACGUUCGCAUCCUUACUUCGCGACCAUCGACUGGGAGAAUCUCCCGUAUCAGAAUCCACCUGAACUGAAGCCGUAUUUGCCAGCCAGUUGCGGUGAACCCGCCUUCCACAGUGAUUAUCAUGUACCAUUGAAUCUAGAGCCAGGUCUUGAUGAUGCGGCUCUUACGCGCCUAAUGGGACUGAGCCUCAAAGAUUUCGUCCCAAUGAGUUCACACAAUUCAUCACUUGAUUCAAAUAAGACGAAUGAAGAUGAACGGGAACGAAAGUUGAAUAUUCAGCGUCAAACACACAAAUACCACCGUUUCGUUGAUGAUCAUCUCAUCCUCAAGUCGGGUCUCCUUGACAAGAAAAAGGGGUUAUUUGCACGUCGAAGGAUGUUCUUAUUAACUGAAGGGCCACACAUCUAUUACGUUGAUCCGGUGAAUAUGGAACUUAAAGGUAAAAUACCUUUCAGCCGACGACUUCGAACUGAAGCGAAAAAUUUCCGGACAUUUUUUGUUCAUACGGUAAGAGCACAUCAGUUGCUUGAUUCUUUUCUUCUGUUUAUACUGUCGAUAUCUUGGUCCCCGAAUCGAACCUAUUAUUUAUUCGAUCCGGAACGCAAUGCAAUGGAAUGGUGUAACGCAAUCGAGGCGCUUCGUGAGCGUUAUGCGGAUGAACUACCUGAUGAACCGCAUUCGCCAUCAACGAAAGGAGGUGGUAAACAGAAACGUUAA